UUCAAACAGUUUGUAAUCAACCAAACACACGGUAUUUUUUGUACAGUCAUCACACACAAUACACACAAAAAACAACGUGUAUUGGUUAAAAGUGCGAGCCAGAAAAACCGAUCAUUUGGACAAAAGUUAGAACGACCAUUCUUCUAUCAGAGAAAAUAUAUAGAUAUAUAUAUAUAAAUUUAAUUUACGCUCAACUUACUUUUUCUCUCUUAAAAAUUAGAUUUAGUUUUAAAAAUGCAAAGUGGAAAAUAUUUCGGAGCUCUUUUUCUACUCUUUCUGUUUCUCUUCAUCGACAUUUUCCUAAACUGUUUCAUUUUCACACUUCGGGUAGAAAAUGUAGUAGUUUUAGUUUUGUACAUUUUCCAAGAUAUCUGUUUAGUUUUCGCCUUAAUCGUCAUGUCGCUAAUGUUCGUCAAUACUUACAUUUUCCAAGCCGGUCUGGUUAGAAUUCUGGUUAGGAAGUUCAAAUUUACAAUUAUAACCAAUGUUCUCUACUUGAUAGUGACAGUGGCCUUUCACUGUGUUGAUUUGAGCCAAAGAUGGAAGUACCCUGAUUAUUACUACUGGGAUAGUUAUGAGCUCUCAGUGCUGUUCACGAUCCAAAGAAUGUUGGCGGGUUUCCAUUACUACUUCUACAAGCGAACUGCUCUCCGAUUAGCUGACCCGCUCUUCUACAAGGACUCCCAAUGGCUGAGGAACUGGCUCAAGGGAAUCAAAAGCGGAGAACACCAAACCAAUCUGAUGCUGGCCUCAAAGACUGCAAAUGACAUCAGCAAAAAAACAAGGAAUUUAUAAUAUGACUGUAUAUAUUGUAUAUGACUCUUCUUCAGUUCCCCCUUUCAAUUUUUUUGAAAUUCGAUUUACAAAAGCCUAUUUAAAUGACUUCCAGGCUGUUUUUUAUCCCCUCCCCCAUAUGGCUGAAUAUGUGAUGUUACGAUGUAAAUAUGAAGAGCAAAUUUGUUCAAAUUA